AUGCCGCAAACCGGGAACCAGACGAGCCUAUACAACAGGCUUGUGAUUGCCUUUGUCGCGCUCGGAGGCACCACCUAUGGGUAUGCUGCCUCCAUCAUAGGUAGCACCAUCGGCCAACCCGGCUGGUAUGCCUUCUUCGACCUUCCACUCGACGGCGAGCCGGGAUACGACACCAUCACUACGCCAGCGAUCGCCACAGCAAAUGGACUCUUCUCGGCUGGCGGUGCCGUCUCGUGUCUCAUCCUCAUGUGGUCAUGCGAUUAUUUCGGUCGUCUGCGGAGCAUCCAGAUCGGCUGCGCAUUGGGCAUGCUCGGUGGUAUGCUGCAGAGCGGUGCUCAGAAUCUAGCCAUGUUUCAGGCUGGCAGAUGGAUCAUGGGCAUGUGUGUGGGCCUCAUGGCGACUGUGACGCCCAUGUAUCUCUCCGAAGUGUCCAGUCCCUAUGCUCGUGGCUGGCUCGUUGGCCACCACGCCAUCUUCCUCGUCUUUGGGUACAUGCUUUCGUUGUGGAUCAGAUUUGGAGUCUACUUCUCAGCUAAUAUGACCCUCGGCUGGCGGUUUCCUCUGGCAUUUCAGGUAGUGCCGCCUCUCGUCCUCCUACUGGGCUCCCGCUGGGUUCCCCGUUCUCCUCGUUGGCUCAUGUCCAAGGGACACAGGGAGGAAGCUUGGUCCAUCCUUGUCCGCCUUCGACAGUCUCCGAAUGAUCCUGAGGAUAUACUCCAGCUUGAUUCCGAGAAGCUUGCGGCUUAUGGUGGUAGUCCGUGGAGAGCUGUUCUCCAGAUGAAGAGCUACCGUAAGCGCAUGAUCAUUGGCUUCAUGACACAGUGGGGUGCCGAGUUCGGUGGGCCUCUCAUCAUCAAUAACUAUGCCGUCAUACUGUACACCAGCCUUGGACAGACUGGGUACAUGCCGCUCUUGCUAUCAGCUCUCUGGCUCACAGCUGCGGGACUCAUCUACAACCCUGGGGGUGCCUGGUUGCACGACAAGGUCAACUCGCGCAGAAAGAUGUACAUGACCGGGUUUGUAGGCAUCGCCAUAACCACAUCUAUCUACGCAGCCAUGAUCUCCUUAUACGCUGGAACUAACAACAAGGCUGGUAAUGCUAUCGGCGUCUUGUUCAUGUUUCUGUACCUCGCUUUCCAGGGAACAUUCUGCAACACCACAAUGUAUCUGUAUGUCGCGGAGAUCUUCCCAACGGAAAUCCGAUCUAUCGGUAUUGGCUUCUCUCUUUUUUGGACAGUUUGCUGGCACGCUUUGCUGACAGCAGCAGCUCCCAUCAUUCUUUUGCAAACCGCACCGAUCGGCUUCGCUGCAGUGGGCUGGAAAUACUUUCUCCUCGUCAUUUGCUGGAGCGCUCUUUUCAUUCCCGCGAUUUACUUCUUCUGGCCAGAGACCGCCAAGUUGUCGCUUGAGGAUAUUGGAAAACAGUUUGGGGAUGAGGUGGCCGUACAUAUCACCGAUGCUACCCAGGAGGAAAGAGACAUCAUAGACCAAAAGCUGACCCAGGGACAUGUUAUUCAAAGUAAAGCCCUUGCGGAUUCCGCUUAG